CUGAGCAGAAACAGGACACCACGUUGCUCGGUCACACGGAUCGGUCAUAGAGAGACACAAGACGGGCAACGAUGGCACGCACCAAACAUCAGCCGGGUUUGGGACGCCAGUCACCGUCGGAGACGAGUAGAGACGUUGUCGCAUCGGGGUUUGAGCAAUCGGGCGGGUCGAGUGCUAGCGUGCACGGUGGACAUGGGGGCAACAAGAGUGUGCUUGCCACUGCAGAUCCUCCACUCACAUGUGGUUUGAGGGAGGCGUCGAUCAUUUUUGAGGAGCCACAAGCGGGGAGACGACCCGAUCUGUCACGGCCCGUGGCAGGGGAUCGUCGACAGGAGGGUGAGACUUCAGGGGCAGAUGGUCUGGCCAUGCCACAUGAGUCGCGGCGACACGAUGACAUUGCAGCUGCAUCACAGCAAGUCGUGAGGGGAAAGGGCAGAGAGAUUUUGCAUGACGAUGACACAGACCCCCGGCUGCAGAACGCGCCGAGGACCGGAGAGGACGCCGACUAUGUGCAUCAGGGCAGACACACGGAUGAGCUUCGCGGCACAGGAGGGAGCAAUCGAGGAGGCACGGGGACCGUUGAUUAUUUUGUUCAUUAUGUUUUCUUUUCUGUCUUCCGCCUUUUCAAGUGUUGGACUCUAGGGUGCCAUUUACUCGGUGGUUGUUGCACGCUUUAGGUAUGUACAAUAGACAGAGAGGGAUAGGAGGGUGCAGUCUUUGGCUGCCUUCGCAGUGUGAGUCACAUUUUGUGCCAUUUCC